ACAAAACCGUUAUAAAUAUACUUUUGCUUGCUGUAUAGGAGAAAAUGAAACCAUAUUAUGUAUUCUUCGUCCUUAUUUUUCUCAUGCUAAAUGAAUUCUCAUGGUCAGAAUCUAUACGUUAUGCCAAGUUGAUGCAAUCUAUAAAUCCUUUAAGCAAAAUAUUAGAUUUAACUGGAGAUGAUGGCAAGACCACAAAAGAUGCAAUAUCUUCCAAGUCAUUGAAUUACAUAGAAAAAUUCCUGGAAAUAUCGAAUGAAACAGAUUGUAAAUCCGUUCACAAAAGCUGCCUGAAUCAUUCUCGUGAAUCAUCAAUUAGAACGGAUACAUUUAUUUGUUCUUGCAAUUCAGAAUGUCCCAAAUAUGGCGACUGUUGCUUGGAUUCAAAAUUCGAAAAUAAUAAUCUCGACGUGAAAUUUCAGUGUAUCAUUACCAACGAAGAGCCAUUUGAAUCUUACUACAUGAUUAAUAGAUGUCCUUCGUAUUGGGACGACAAUAACACCAAAUUAUUCUGCGAAAUUGCAUCGACAUAUAACAGUAACAAUGUCCUCACCCGCGUACCAGUUACUAGCAAAAAUAAUCUGCAAACAUAUCGAAAUAUAUAUUGUGCAAUAUGCAAUAAUGCUGAUGAUGUUGUAGCAUGGAUUCCUCAUCAUGUUUGCUACGACUCUUUGCAAAAUUGCGUCAAGAAAUACACACCCCCAAAAAAUCUUAAACCGAAGCAAUGCAAUUCCAUUGUUAAUUCAACUUGCAACACUUCUGAAGAUCGUUUUCUUCAGCUUAACUGUGCAAACUUUUAUGCACCAGUUAGAUAUACGAAUUCUCAAGGCAAUCAGAUUAUCUACAAGAACAAGUUUUGUGCACUUUGUUCAGGUGUAAAAUCAAGUGAUAAUUUAGAAUGUUCCGAUGGAAUGGUGACGACGAUGACUACAUUAAAGAGCAUAAUUCCCGAAGAGAACAUUUCCUCUAUUUACCUUAAUUUCGUAUUUUUUAAUGGAGAUGUUAUACUCGAAAUUGAAAAGUGUCCUAUGAAUAUGCAACAACCAUGGAAGAAUUGUUACACUUUGUAUUGUCAAGGAUUGUUUCAAUAUGAAAAUGGAAAAUGUUUAAUGAAAAGUAAUCGUGAAUUAAUUAUCAUUAAAAUAUUGAUGAAGAGUUCAUUAAAUUCUACUUGUAGUAAAAUAACGAUCACUUCCGAUAAUUACGAAGCUUUUGAAAAUGGUUUUUUGUUAUUGAAGAAGUAUCAAAAACUUUUACAAACUGGAGACUAUCAAAUGAUUUCAUCUAUCAACAGAUCACUUUUAAUAUGCGAUCCCCUUAAAGGAAAAAUCUAUCAAUUAUCAAAGGAACAAUAUUAUCUUAUCAUCAUCUGCUUCUCCAUUUCUGCAAAUUGCUUGAUUGUGAAGAUCAUCCUACAUCUCCUAGGAUCGCAGAAAAGUACAUUAGUGACAACAGCAGUUUUUUAUUUAUCUGUAUCACUUUUUCUAGGCCAAUUAUUGUUUUUAUCCAGUUCUGGCAAAAUUCAUGAUUCGCUUUGUACGGGUAUUGCAAUUUUUAAGCACUACUUCUUUAUGGUUUCCAUCUGUUGCACCAAUCCUAUUGGCUUCGGUAUCUGGAAGACUUUCUUAAAUUUCAGAUCCCAGCUACAAGAACAAGGAAGAAAAGUCAUUUCUUGUGCAGUGUACUGUUGGGGUGUUCCUACAUUAAUCGUUAUAGCUGCCAUCAUUACCGAAUGGGCAUUUAAAUCAAAAUUUAACCCCAGAUAUGGGAGCAAUUUAUAUAAUUUCUGUUGGAUCUCGAAUCGUCUUGGAUUUUUGCUUUUCUUCGCCAUUCCUUUAUUAUUGGUUUUGCUAAUAAACAUCAUUUUUUGUGUAACUAUUGGAAUCUCAAUCAUCAAAAUCUCCAAAUCCUCAAAAUGUGCUAAAAAUAGCAACAUUCGUAGGAAUUAUUUGAUGUUUGCGCUUUUUCUUACACUAACUCUAAUCAUUGUUUUUACUUGGAUUAUUGGUUUUGCUGCUUCUUAUUCUGAAAGUGAAAUCUUAUGGCCUCCUUUCAUUGUUCUGAACGGUGUACAAGGUGUUUAUUUGUUGUUUUCUUUUACUAAUUUUGAUUCACUUAAGAAUUGUUGUAAAAAGAUACGACGGAGAAAGAACCGUUAUAAUUAUAAUGUGAGAAACGCACAUACUAAAUCUAUUAAAAUGGAAGAAAUGUGAAUGAAUUCUCGUGGCUUCAAAUUGUAUUAUAGAAAAUUAAUUUGUACUUAAAGAUCACGAAGAUCAUCUGGAAUACCUUGAUAGUCAUUCAUACUCUUGUGAGAAAUAGAUUUGCAAUGUGUUUUUCUUACAUUACUAUUAGCGUGUACUGUACAUUGAAUUCUUGUGAAUUCAAAGUGUAUUAUAGAAUCAUUAAAUCAGCAAUUUUUUUGUACUUAAAUAUUUUAAUAAAAUAAAUGUUAUUAUU